AUGUCUUCCAUGCGAAACGCCGUUCAGCGGCGGCCGCACCGUGAGCGAGCGCAGCCCCUGGAGCGCCGCCGACUGGGCCUCCUCGAGAAGCACAAGGACUACUCUCUGCGUGCCGAGGACUACGGCAAGAAAAAGGCCCAGCUCAAGUCGCUGCGGCAAAAGGCCGCCGACCGGAACGAGGAUGAGUUUUACUUUGGCAUGAUGUCCCGCAAGGGGCCCGGAUCCAGAAUUACGAGCGGCAAGAGCUGGAAUGGAACUGUUCAAGGCGACCGCGGCAACAAGGCCUUGGAUCUCGACACGGUCCGGCUACUCAAGACGCAGGACAUGGGCUACGUGCGCACGAUGCGCCAGGUUGUGUCCAAGGAGGUUGCGCGCCUCGAGGAGCAGGUCGUCUUGACCCGUGGGCUGGAUCGAUUGGAAGAGGAAGAUGACGACGAUGAAGAUCUGGACGAUGAUGACGACAAUGAACUGCCCCAAUCGGCAAAGCGGAAAGCACCGAGGAAAAUCAUCUUCACCGAUGACGUGGAGGAGCGAGACGAGGCGCUGCAGGACGCCCUGGGAGCGGACCAAGAAGACGAAGAGGACGGAGCAAAGAAGAGCGAGAAUGACGAUUUUGAAAGGGCUAAGGCACUCCGAAGACUCAAGAGACAGCUCGAGCACGCUCGCAAGAAGCUCAAGGCCUUGACAGACGCCGAGAGGGAACUGGAAACCCAGAGGGCAAAGAUGGCAAAAACGGCAACAUCGGGAGGGCGGACCAGAAAAGGCAGCAAAAUCAUGGUGCGGACACGGAAGCGAUGA